CCGCCCACCCGCCAUUGUGUGUCAGGGCCAGUGCUGCACACACCCUGCCCCAGGAUCCUGACCCACCACACAGCCCUGCAGAGCUUUCCAACGACCACCCAGAGGAGCACGCAGCACGUCAGGAGAAAUACAAACAAGGCACAGCGAUGGAGAACUUGAAUGUCCCAGAUCUUACUGAAGAACAGCAAGACAUUUUCCAGAGGGCUUUUACUGCUGAUGCCAAUUACUUGGAGAAUCAUGAGAAAAUGAACCAGUCCUUCUGGGAAUCACUUGUAAAAUGUUUAGCCACCACUGACCCACCUAUCCUGAAUACUGAAGAAAAAAACAAUCUCCUCAACAGCUGCAGUGUCCUGCCUGGAGGCUGUGCAGCCUGCCUGAAAGCCAUUGAGAAGAAAGAAGUCAGGGCAAUGGCUGUUCUUUACCUCUUGCUGAAGACAACCAACCCAUUGGGAUAUAGGCAGCUGCCCAGCUCCAAGGGAAAGGAUGAAAAAUUGAAACUCCUGAAGAGACUGGAAAGGAAUCUCAUGCUUUCUCAAGGGGAAGAAAAGGCUGAAAACUCAUCCCAUGAGUCCACAGAUGAAGAUACACAAAACAGUGAUAAGGAAGAUUUAGGAAGACAGAAGACUGAAGGCCAAUUAUUUGGAGGCACACCAGCAGAGGUUGUUCCCUACGGACAUUCAGAGAUUACCAGAAGAGAAGAUUCAGUUGCAGAUGCAUAUGAGAACGAGAAUACUUACCUCCAUCAGUGGACAGUACGGUGGAUGGGAAUACGGAAGGAUGAUGAAUUCUUUCAUUUUGUCAUUCUUUGCUUUGCAAUUGGAGCUUUACUAAUUUGCUACUACUACUACAAAGAUUGGACAAUUUCUGUUGGAAUUGGUUUAAUCACCUUUGCUUCCCUGGAAACCACUGGGAUAUACUUUGGUCUAGUGUAUCGAAUUCGGAGUGUACUUGACAGUUUUGUUCCUCUGAUCAACAAAUUCAAGCUAACAGGUAUGAGGAAAGCAGCCUAGGAAGAGUAUUUCAGCAGACUUCCACAAAACCCUGCUGGCUGAAUUUCUUGUAUUAAACGAACUGCUUUGAGGCAAACAUCAAAGCCUAAUGGCUAAUGUGAAAUAUUGAAAUGUUAGACCAUAGAAAGACAUCAUUCCCUCCCCUCAAAAAUGAAGCUGAAACGGCAGUACAGGCUCCCAUUCUUUCUUCUGAAGCAAUUUGUGGCUCAGCAGAGCUCAUAAGACAACCUAGAUGUAGGUUUACAUUUAAUUCCAUUAAAUAUAAACACAUUCUCUUUCCCUCCCCCAUGCAACCAUGGUGGUCUGCCUACGGCGUACCAAAAUGACCAACAUGAUCCUCAGCUGGUUCUGGAUGAGGAUCUGGAUGUUUCAGUGGGAAUCCUGGCACCACAAAGCCACCUCCUCUUCACCCUGUGUGAUGCUGCAAACCAGGCAAACACAGUUGAGCCCCAACAGUGCAAUAGCACUGAAGCAGAUUAAUUUAUUGUGGCAGAACUCAAUAUAGUAGGCGUAUAAUGAUUUCACCCAGCGAAAGCUGGGCGAGAUUUUACAUGCAGUGACAUAAUGGUGCAGUAAUGAGAUUAUUAACAGCAGCAAAUUUCAUCUCUCCUUCUGAGGGGAAAAAUAAAGUGCUUGAUUUGACCCAUCCUCCAACUUUUUUUUUUUUCUAAAAGAAAGUGCAAAUUUGAUAUUCCAUUUUACAGGGACACAUUACACGUGUAGGGCUAAUGCAAUCAUAGGCAGACUGCAAAAAAAGGGGAUACAUUUUUACUAAAAAUUUAAAGGCAAGGUCUUCAUACGCAUAGAAGGAUGAAGGCAUCAAGUCAGACAGAGCGCCACAAAACAUGAAAUUGUAAGGAAAUGUAGAUCUAAAAACAAACAGCCCAGCGUUUUACAGAAGCAAUUUCAAGCCUUGCUCAGAAAAUUAAAAAGCUUACUUUUUAGUUGUACUUAAUGUUAAGCGCCAGUGUUGGUCGUUCUUGUGUAGCAGUUCCAUUUGCACAUCCAGAAAUAUCAACAAUUGUAUGCAGGCCUGUACCAACACAGCACAGCAGCUACCUAACAUGCCAAGGGUUAAAUUAAGCAAUGAGGAUGAAUACAAGCUAUUUUGUAAUAUUUAUAUUCUCAUUUACAUGUACUAUUUACAUGUCUUUGUAGAAAUAGUCUGUCAUACCAAAAUACUGUAUAUUUUGUGUUGUUAGUCUGCAAAUAAAGUCUUGCUUAGACCAGCGUAGCAUUGUUAAUGCCAAAUCACUUUUGGGUGAACUGAAAACUAUGCACAGUCGCCCUGCUCUGAGGAAGAUUGCUUUUUGUAGUUUCCUUUGCUGUUUAACAUCUUUCUUUCUAAAAAGUAAUUUGUGGAAUGGUCAGGAUGAGAAAGAUAUUUUAGUAUUAAAUAUGUUUUCAAAUUUGGUACUCUGCAGACAACAAAAGGAAUUUUUAAUUUCUUUUUAAACAGAAGCAGCUUAAGGGUAAAAUAAGCAAAACAUUUAAAACUCACCCAGUGGAACCAUCAUGCGAGAUGAACAGCUUGCCCAACUUAGAGCAGCUUACACGAGAAGAUUCAAUUCUAUAGAAAAAAGCAACUUACACGUUCAGCCGCAUCCUCUCAAGUAUCUGGGAAUUUCCUGCUCUUCUUUCAGAUCCUUCUUGAGUCCAUCUCAGCACUUUAAUCAUUCCUGCCUCCUGCCCAACGGCACUCCUUCUGGUCUCACGUAUCACCU